CGAAUGGACUCUCUACCGAAGUAAUUGGUUGAUUCAACAGUUAUCCACUAGGCCCAUUUGAUGAGGCUAAUGAUUGACACUUCUAAUUCUCCCAAAUCCCACGUAUAUAAUACAAAUAGUGUUUGUGUUAUAUUAAUUGUGUAUGCUUUUGAGUACAUGAUGACACAUGACAUCACUCUGGGACACCCAUUAGCAUAUCCUAUAUAAUUGAUAUGUAAAAGAAAAAGUUGUUAUAAUGGAUUAAUUAAAUUGGAUAUUAUUCUAUAAAUGUAUUGAAAUUGGUAACAUAUGCAUUAUUAUGCAUAUUGCCUCAUAUUUUAUAUUGAUGCAUAUUGUGUAUAUAUAAAUUGGAUUCAUUUGAAAAACUUGAAUCAUUUUACAAUCCUAAGCAUAAAUAUUCUUGAAAUUGGAAUGGGUGUUUAGUCACCAAAGUGGCACACUUAUGACAAUUUCAAUAGUAUUUGGGUCUAGGGGCAAAACUAUGAUUUUUUGCUAAAGUUGAAUGGUUGAAAUUGCGUUUAAUAGAGACAAGCAAUAACCAAGCCUAAUGGUGGGUGUAGGUGCAAAAUUUCGUUCAACCAAUAAUGAUUGAGAAAAAUAAAAUAACUCACUCAAAAAGCAAUAAAAAUAAAUAAAAACAAUGUAUAGAGAAACGUAGAAUUGCUUGAUCCCUUUAUUGGAGGUCUUAGCCUCUAUUUAUAUACAAAAGAUUGCAAAAUUAUGGUAGGACUCGCGUUGCUUGCCCUCCAAUUCUUUAUAUAUAAACAUUCUUUACUAAUAGAGUUCUUUUCAUUGUCUAAUUUUCCAUACAUAGAACUUGCCUUGUACAGAACUUCCUAUCUCAGAAUUUUCCUUCUACAGUAAAUCCUUCAACUGGUAGGACUUGUGCAUUCUUGAAUAACUGGGCUGAACAUAUUUUGAUCUGGCUAGGCUUGAGUAACAGACCGGAUGUUAAAUAUUAACAAGCUGGGCUGAUGACUUCUUGAUUCGGCCUUGAUGGAGGUUGGAGGACAAAUAACAAUGAUCUUGGGCUGUAAAUACCCUUAAUUUGGGCUUGAGCAUGAUGGGCCUUAUAUGUCCUUGGAAUGUAGAUAUGUGUAGUGGUGACGUGUGCGCUUUUUAUUGGAGGGAGUUUUUUUCCCUCCACACUUUGCCCCAAAUUUCAUUUUUAAUUGAGUGACGGCUCCUAUUAAAGAGGGAAUUGAAAUCGGUUUUUUACUUUGCUUCAGAAACGGUUCGAGGUCUUUCAUUAUUACUCCGUUAUACAAGAUUUUGCAAGAGUUACAUUUGCCCUUGCUGCACUUCUGCUUUCUUCAUUCCAUCGCUUUGUCAGGUUAGUUUCGCAUCUUUCUCUUCAAUCUUUCAUUAUGAGUACUUCAUCUACUUCUGAACGUAUAGACCUUGAGGAUUCUGAAUCCACACCUUCAUCUUCCCUCGUUCGCAUUAGGGCUCCCCCUCCUAGGGUUUUUACAGAUCGCCUUUCGUUGAAUCCAUUAGGUACUUCCCCUCUUCCAACCGAGACAUCCACCUCAGGCUCUGAUUAUGUUCUUACUCAUGAAGAGCAAAAAACAAUCAUCUCUAUUCGCCGCAUCAAGUUCUCUAUUACUUCGGUAAUGGAAGUAUUUGAUAUUCCUGAGGGAGUAGAAAUUGCAGAAUAUCCCGAGGGUGCCGAUUUUACCUCCGGCGAGGGAAUUGAGGAGGAUGAGUUGCUUCUUUCGGUAGGGCAUCUUAACGCCCUCCGAUUCCCUCUUCAUCCCUUUUAUCAUUUAGUUUUCAAUAAGCUAGGUCUUGCCCCCCUUCAGGUAAAUCCUAAUUUCUUUCGCAUCCUUUCGGCACUGUUGGUGCGUCGGAAAUUAAAGGCUCUGGAUUUGACCCUUACCGACCUUCUGCUUACUUACAAUAUAUCUAAGCAUGGGACCGAGCCUGGUCGCUUCUUUUUUACCUCUCCCCUUCAUCAGAGGAUAUGCACGAACCUUCCUUCAUCCGAAAAGAAGUGGAAAGAAAGGAUGGUUAUAGUUAAAGGAAAAUGGUUCGUGCCCCAAUCAAUUACGCUCUCCAUCCCGCGCAAGUUCGGGAAAUUAGGUAUAGAAUACUUAACCUCCCUUCAUACCAAGUGUUCUGGCUGUUUUCCUUGCCAAGUCUUAAUGUUUCGCCGUACUUAUGAGUUUCUUGGUGUUUUUUCAGCUACAUUCCCAUCCUCCGCAGCAAGGAACAGACUUUCUUUUCUUGAGGAACGAGUCUGGAGUGACCCCUCGCCUAUUGAGGACCUGCUAACUUCUUCAAACCUCAAGGAUAUUGCCUCCGGUGCUGUUGCUGCAGACCUCAUGGAUCUGUCUCUACCAUCCUUUAACAGUUUUCCCAUGACUGAGGAGGAGGUACGGAGGGCUGAGGCUUUAAAAAAGAAAGCCGAAGAUGCCCAACCCUUGGUCGUUAUUAGAUCAACUGAGGAUGAGGUGGAGGUUGAGGAACCACUAAUGAAGAAAUCUCGCCUCAACCCCUCAUCCUCUGGCAAGGGCAAGGUCCCUUCUAAAAGCAGAGGGAAAAAGGCUGGAGAGGCCGAACCUGAAGAUGAAGUCAGGGCCUUUGUUCUGGCUGAGACUGGGGCUCCUUGGACUCCUUCCUUCACCAGGGCUGACAGGUCAGUCCUGCACUCAGGGGGUUCUGUGAUUACAGACCCUUCAGCUGCACUGGCGGUGGCUCAAGGAAUGUGGCUCCCAAAGGACGAGGACGCCAUCAGCCAAAUGGGGUUGGAACAACUACUCCCCUCUGCCCUGGUCCGGGCCAUAGAGAGUCUAUACCACACCAUGGCCCUCUGUGCCACUGCUGAAGCCCAAUCCCUCUCCAUCAAGAAGCUGGAAAAGGAUCUUGACAAUGCAGAGAAGAGAGCCACUACUGCCUCUACCAAUCUGAAGAUAGCUUCUGAAGCCAAGGAUGCGUAUAAGAGGCAGUUGUCAGCCUCUGAGGCUAAGGUGGAUUCUCUUCAGGCCGAAGUUCAACGCCUGACCGAGGCUUUUACUACUUGCUUCAAGGCGAGGAAGCAAAUGCAGGGGCGCUACUCCUGUCUGGCACACCUGGCUAGUGCUAAAGCGUUCCGGUCUGGCUAUAUUCAGGACUCAGGCCCUAGGACGAUGGAUCCGGACGCUUUUGACAAGCAGGUGGGGGUGCACUUCUCAUACGAUGAAGGGCCAGAGGCUUUGGAAGCUGAAAUCCGCUUUGCCGAGAUGGUGAAGGUGCACCUGAAGGGUACUCCUAGCUCUUCUGCUCCUGCGGCUUCACUUCCUCCUACCCCAAGUCCUACUGUAGUGGAUGCUUUUGAAUCUACUCCCUUCGAUCCGAAGAGGAAGUAGAACCAUGUAUUUUGCUUUUAUGGACAACAUGUUUGGGAUAAUGAAUAUAAUCUUUUGUUUUAGGCUUA